CUCUUGGCUGCUUCAUCUUUGACUUGGCAUUUCUAAAACUUUGAUCCCCUCAUAGCCAAGAGAUCUUGCCAAGGAGGUUGACUUGGCGAAUCGAUCAGGAAGCAUGUUUGCUGAAGCGGAGAGGCCUGAGGCCGCUCGAAGCAACGAGUCGUCAGAGCAACCGAUAAUUGUCCAAUGGAACGGUCCAAAUGAUCCAGAAAACCCAUACAACUGGUCCCGUAAGAAGAAAUGGUUUGCCGUCGGUCUUGGACUCUUCGCGACGUUCAUCUCAAUGAUGAACGGGACAAUCAUUACUACGGCCCACGAAGCGAUUGGCGAAGACUUCAAUGUUAGCGAUGAGAACUUUCCGCACUCAUAUUGGCCGGUUGCAUCGUGGGGUCUCGGCGGUGCACUAUUCUCACUCGUGUUACUGCCGAUUAUGGAGGAUUUCGGGAUGAGACUCGUGUUUCUUUUGGUCUAUACUGUCUUUCUCUGUUUUCUCAUUCCCGUUGGAGUGGCACCUAACUACGCGACUCUGAUUAUCACUCGCUUUUUCAGUGGCGGAUGCUGCACUAUUCUCGCGAAUGCAGUAGCUGGCAUCAUCGGAAACGUCUUUGCCACGGAUAGGGCUCGAACAAUUCCGACAGGACUGUACAUCAUGGUCUACCUGAACGCCAGCAGUCUUGGACCAGUCAUUGGGGCCGCCAUAUUUCAGUUCCUACCGUGGCGAUGGAUCGGAUACAUCGAACUUAUCUGGACCGGCGUCUUCUUCCCAAUCUUUAUCCUGGCGAUGCCUGAGACACGAGGAUCAGCAAUAUUGACUGCGAGGGCGAAGAAGUUAAGAAAACAAGGGAAGAACGCGUACAGUCAGAAGGAGCUUGAAUCAAAGUCGAUUCUCCAAGAUAUUUGGACAAGCAUUCAACGACCCCUUUAUAUGCUUUGCACUGAGUCAGUUGUUUUUAUCUCCACUAUCUGGACUGCCUUCAGUUUGGGUGUCAUUUACGUCUUCACGCAGUCUGUUGAACAAGUCUUUACUGCUCUUUAUGGCUGGAACGCCAUUGAAGCUGGUUAUGUUCAAGCUGCUAUUGUUAUCGGAGAGAUUCUUGGGUUUGGCCUUUGUGUCUUGACGAAUAACUGGUAUUAUGCUUCUGCCUCGCGCAACAAGGAAGCGCCUGGUACGCCUAUUCCUGAAGCGCGCCUGUACGCUGCCGUAAUCGGAGGUUUCAUCGGUGUGGCUGGUGGAAUGUUUGUUUACGCAUGGACGAGUUAUUCCUCAGUGCACUGGAUUGGACCCGCGUUUGGACUCAUGCUCGUUGGCCUUGGCACCGAAGCCGUCGUUGUAAGCAUCGCCAACUAUCUGAUCGACGCGUACAGCAACUACGCCGGAAGCGCUAUCGGAGCGACCGUGUUGGGCGAAAACUUGGGCGUUGCUUUUCUACCACUUGCUUCGAGCAGUAUGUAUACAAACCUGGGCUUUCACUGGGCGAGUUCGCUGCUGGGUUUCAUCUCGUUAGUUUUGGCGGCUGCACCAAUUGGUGUCUUCAUUUGGGGAAAGGAGAUCAGGGCGCGAAGUCCGUUUAUGAAGUCGGCCAUGUCGAAGCCAAUGGAAUUCUCAAUGACGCCUUCAGAGUAGGCGCAUGGGUAAAAGCGCGGUGGGACAAAAGAGUAGAGCAAGACUGUCAUAAGCGGUCUGAAUAUCUGUAUUUCUCACUAUGUUAUACCAAUUCACAACCAGCUUCCUCAAAC